AUGGUGCGUAGCCCCCCGGGUAAUCGUACUGUGGAAUGCCAGGUCCGCUUGUAUACCCUAGGUUCCCGCGCACGACCCCAUGCUAUGCGGCGCAUUCGCGUACGGUACGGGUGUGCGUACCAAGAGCGCGAUACAUGCACGCGCAUCCGUGGGGCGGAUCUACAGCGUAGUGGGUGGCCUCCCAUCGUAACGCACUUUUUUCGUGAGCAUGGCGCUACAUGGAACAUCCUCGAUGUGGUAUGGCAUGCGCCGACGCACGACGCACUCCAAUUGGAUCUCGUAGUGCAGCGUGCCACUCAAGCUCUGACCUGCCCACGCUGCAUUGACGUGCGCAUGAUAUGGCAUGGCCCCGAUCCCGAGCUGGGGUCCCUCCUGCGUGCCGUAUCCAUUGGCCUGCCAUGGCAACAUACACAUACGCAGGUCCUAUACCGCGCGUUCACGUAUAUCGCCAGCACCUACGCUCACCAGCUGCAUAGUACGUACACACAGUAUAUGGAGCAGGUACGCCCCGCGUACCGCAGUCUGGCUACGUCCCUACAACACAUGGCCGAGCGAAGUGGGCAUCCUAUUGCGAUCCCUCUUCGUGAUGCUCAGGGCCAUUUCUUACCGCAGCCGACCCGAUCGCUCGACCAGAUGGCCGAGCGUAUGACCGAGCUACUGCACCGCGUCGACCGCGCAGUCUACCCACCGUCGUCGUUCUCCUUACCCACGGUGCCCCGCCUUCCCACUUUCCUGCCUCCCACCCACUCUGACGAUAUUAUCGUAUGGCCGUCCGACACGGCUAGCGUGCUUUCUUCCCCACCAUCGCGCGGUGUGGACAGCGAAGAUUCCUGGCAUACACCUACGACGUCGCCCACGCAGUCCUCCCGUGGUGUAUAA